CUUACCAUCAUCAACGUCAUUUGCUGGCUGCAUCGUGAACAUUGCAAGAUAAUCAAAUUUCUCUUCAUCGAUAACAACAGUGAGGGUUGGGCUCAUUGGAGCUCGAAGUCACGAUGUCCCAACACAUUUCGGACAAUAAUAUGUCCAGAGAAACUGCACCAUUGCCGUCGUCAAUAAACAACUACGAUUCAACCUUCGCGCAGUCACUGAAACGACUUUCAAUCUCUGCAGCUUCUGCUACUGCUUUGCCAUCAUCGCCUCAAUCACCCCACCCAGGACGGACAUUGGGACGACAAGAUAGCUCCAGUGCUUCGCCAAAUGGACGAUUACCACCACGAAGUCCCCUCCAUCGUUCUCCCAGCUCCAUGAGCCAACGAUCGCGUUCGUCAACUCCAACACUACUUCGGAAAGCCUCAUUGAAUUCUUUGCAUGGUGUUGGAGGAGUUACACCUUCAAGAACAACGCCGUCUCGACGCUCAUCUUCAGCGCAAUUCGCAAACGCUUCCGCAAUGGUUGGCAAGUCACCCCUAUCAGAGAUCGAAGAUCCAAUGCCUGCCCCUCCGCGACAUACUGCGGAAUCGAUCGCGAGUAACCACUUCAGGACUGAGUUGGAUAUCCACGAGAAAGAAGACGAAGCUAGGAGCGCAGACACGGUGGUGAUUCUACAUGAUUCUUGUUAUGGGCACCGUUAUUCCAGACCACGAACAUCGAAGGCUUCCUUAAGCACCAUAGUCGAGAGACCCGAGCGAAUUCAUGCAAGUAUCCUUGGUCUGUCAGUGGCCUAUGUACGACUCGGAGAGCGGCAUGCUGAGGGGCAAUAUCCCCUGCACCCAGAUAAGGAUGCCUCCUCGAUUCCUACUAUACCCUUCCGAAUUUGCAAGACUACACGGCGACUGGCGCUGGGAUCACAAGCUGUGACGAACGUACAUGGAAUGAAGUGGAUGGAGGAGCUGAAGAUUAUGUGCGACAAUGCUGAAUCUAGGCUGGCUAUGAAUGGGAAAGAACUGGUACGCCCAGAUAUGGUUCGCAGUCCAGACCAAGAAGUUGCAAAGCUACAUGAAGGAGACUUGUAUCUUUGUGCGGAGUCCUUGGACGCUAUGGAGGGAGCAUUAGGGGCUGUUUGUGAUGGUGUGGAUGCUGUAUUCCAAGGCGCUGCAAGCGGAAAAGGACCACAUAGGACUUUCGUUGCGAUCAGACCACCAGGACAUCAUUGCUCAGCAAGCUAUCCAUCUGGCUUUUGUUGGCUAAACAAUGUUCAUGUUGGAAUAUCUCAUGCCGCUCUCACUCAUGGCUUGACCCAUGCUGCCAUUAUCGAUUUCGAUCUUCACCACGGCGAUGGAUCGCAAGCUAUUGCAUGGGAUGCGAACAAACGAGCUAUCGGUGCCGCCAAGAAUGCUGCCCAAUGGAAGAAGACAUCAAUUGGCUAUUUCAGUCUUCACGAUAUCAACUCAUAUCCAUGCGAGAUGGGUGAUGAAGAGAAGGUGAAGAACGCUAGCCUUUGCAUUGAGAAUGCACAUGGCCAAAGCAUUUGGAACGUUCAUUUGCAACCGUGGAAGAGUGAAAUAGAAUUCUGGCAGCUGUACGAGACCAAAUACUCUAUCCUUUUAGAGAAGACGAGAAACUAUUUGAGAGCUCAGACAGACCGCUUAAGAAUGAUUCCCAAUGGACCAAAACCAAAGGGAGCUAUUUUCCUGUCGGCUGGAUUCGAUGCUAGUGAAUGGGAAAGCUCUGGAAUGCAAAGACACAAAGUCAAUGUACCAACUGAGUUCUACGCUCGCCUGACACGAGAUGUGGUCAAGCUUGCAGCAGAAGAAGGCAAUGCUUGUGACGGUAGAAUCAUCAGCGUUCUUGAAGGCGGAUAUAGUGAUCGCGCUCUAUGCACUGGUGUACUAAGCCAUCUGAGCGGCAUGUCGGCUGGUGACCCAAUCAUUAUCAAGAAAGAACUUAGCCCGAAUGGACUUGGCUACGAGAUGGGCCAAAAGAUCAACACCUUCGAAGGUGUCUUUGCAAAAGAGGACGUCACUGUUGGAACGCAGACUUAUGAUAAAUUGUGGUGGUCGGUUCCACGCCUUGAGCAGCUUGAUGCUUUGAUUCGUCCUACACCUAUGGUGGAACCAAAGAAGCCUAGAGAUGCAACUGCUCCGACGUAUUCAUCGCCGACUCAGUCGUUUAUUGCAAAGGUCACAUCUCCGGAAGCUCGUAGGACUGUCUCCAGAAUGGGGAUAUCCAAUGGAUCGCCAAAACCAGUUUCACGAGCUCCGUCGCCGCCACCACCUGAAGUGGAUUGGACUGUUGCUGCUCAUGAAUUGAGUAAGUUGUUGAUUCCAAUUGAUAGACAGACUAUGAGCUGCAGGCCAGAGGACCUUUCAGCUGAAGCUACACGGGUCAGACGUGACCGACAAUCUAUUCUCACGCCGCCUACAUCCGCUGCUCCAGAACCCACAGAAGGUUCAGGUAGAAUGGCUUUGAGAACAAGAAAGCCUAGGGCCUUAGCUGAGACUAUUGAGGAAGAUGAGAAGCCAGCUACUAAGGCUAAUCGUCGAAAAACUGUUGCUGGUGCCGCAGUCAUAGCUGCUGAAAAGGCCGUAUCAAGAAGCACAACUCCAAUGCCAGAGCCGAGCUAUGCUAAGGGAACUACGCAGUCCAAUCGUCGGCUGAGUCUUUCCUCCAAUGCAGGUUCCGUCACAUCAGAGGUGCCUCGACAAAAUGGACACAGAGCUUCUUCUGGAUCUGGGCCAGUGGGAGCCUCAAGACCUGGGACUGCACAAAGUACACGACCUGAUACAUCCAUGAGCAGCAGAGGUGGUUCUAUUCCUCCUAUUGCUAUGAAGAAAACUCGGGCCCCAGCUGUAGCACGUGGUGAAGCCCCAAAGACUUCUCGAGUUCGAAAGAAGUCACCAUUGAAUGAGACCAAUGCUGUUCCUGGUCCGUCGGGCUCUGUCCAACCAACUUCAAGAUCUAGUAGUGUUGUGCUACCCACUACAGAGAUCCCGGACUCUCAGGGUUCGGAUAUGGAUAGUCUGACGUCCGGCAUGAAGAAGGUCAAGAUCAGUUUGACUACGAAGGCCCAGAGAGAAGCAAAGCAAGCUGCUAAACCAGCACCUGUAAAAUCGACCGCUGGAAAAGCUGUCAAGCCCCGUCCGGCUGAGGGAAAGGUAACGGAUCAACCACCAAUCCUGCCAGGGAUGAAGCCAGUACCAGUAUCAGAAGCUGUGCCUUCGUCCGCCAAUGGCACGACUACUGAGCAGCCAGUCGAGCAAGUACUUGCACCAACGCCUUCUACACCUCAACCUUCAUUACCAGCCGUCGCUCCAGCACUCCAAGCAUCCGAGGUUCCACUUCCAUCGAGCUCCCCAGCCGCACCUCAAUAUUCUCCCAUCACUCCCGCCCCUGAAUUCAUUGCUCCAAUAUAUUCCGCUCCUCCAUCCGACAACUUCAUUCCCUACCAACCUGAAGGACCAACGCCCAAUCCUGUAACCCAGCAACAGCAUCUUCACUGGCUCCCACCAAAUACAAAUACUCCUUCGCCUGUGAAGAGAGGUGAUCUGCCUGUUUUUACGAGCACGAGCGCUAUUCCAUUCGGUUUGAACCCUCGAACAAAUGGAGAGAUUAAGAAGGACGCUACCGAGGAUGGCAAGGGAAAGGGAAAGGAGGAAGAGAAAGAGGUUGAUAUUUGGGCUGUGCCCGAAACGCCGGAAGCAAAGAGACCUCUUGGCAAUUACUGAUCAACUUCGAAGUGACACUUUCCUUACUGUAUGAUAAGACGGAUGGGCUGGGUUGCUGUAAAGCUGUGUACGAAUAUUUUGGGAUUACUGUUUUGGUUUCCUUGGUGUAAAAGUGUGUACGUACUGUACGUGUAAUGGGCGAUGUGUUAGUAUGUCUUUUAUGAUACCCUUUAGU